GGGCGGGGCUCCGUGAGGGGGCGCUCGGACGGUGCGGGAGCCGAAGGCUUUCAGGCUGGUGAAGCAGUCCAGACGCUGGCAGUGCUGGAUCCUGAACACUGGGCUGGUGGCAAGAGCAGGCAAGGAGAAACACGAGAGACUGAGUCCAGGAGCACGUUCCCCCUGAGAUCUGUCUGUGCCAUUGCCUGCUGAUGUGCCUGCUCUAAGGGGAGCUGGAGGGACCCCCACUAACCACUGUCCACAGGGCCAUUGACCAGGGAGUGCUCACCAGGAAGCACAAUGAAGAUCGUGGUGGCCAAAGUGCUGUGUCUCCUGGGCAUCUGUGUCCUCAUGCUGGUGGGGUCCCUCCUUCCUGUCAAGAUAAUCGAGGCUGAUUACGAGAAAGCUCAUCGCUCCAAGAAGGUUCUUGCCCUCUGCAAUUCUUUUGGAGGAGGAGUUUUCCUGGCCACGUGCUUCAAUGCUUUGCUGCCUGCUGUGAGAGAAAAGCUCAAUGAAGUUCUUCGGCAGGGGAACGUGACCACUGACUACCCGGUGGCUGAGACCAUCAUGAUGGUUGGCUUCUUUGUGACGGUCUUUGUGGAGCAGCUCAUCUUGACUUUCCAGAAGGAAAAACCUUCCUUCAUUGAUUUGGAGACCUUCAAUGCUGGUUCGGAUGUCGGGAGUGACUCUGAAUACGAGAGUCCCUUCAUCGCAUCUUCCCGCGGGCGCCCCUUGUACAGUGAGCACAGUCACCACUCGCAUGGCCUGAACAUCAGGGAGCUGUCCCGUUCCAGCCCCAUACGGCUCAUUGGGCUGGGGUUUGCUUUGUGUACACACUCCAUCUUCGAGGGACUGGCCCUGGGCUUGCAAGAGGAGGGUGGCAAACUCAUGAGCUUGUUCCUAGGAGUUGCCAUUCAUGAGACGCUGGUGGCAGUGGCAUUGGGCAUCAGCAUGGCUAAGAGCUCGUUGCCACUGAAGGAUGCUGUGAAGAUGUCUGUGACAGUGAGCCUGAUGAUUCCUCUGGGCAUUAGCAUUGGGAUGGGGAUUGAGAGCACCCAAAAUGCAGCCAGCAGCAUUACUUCCCUGCUCCUGCAAGGCAUCGCAGGGGGCACUUUCUUGUUCAUCACCUUCUUUGAGAUCCUUGCAAAGGAGCUGGAAGAGAAGAACAACCGCCUCUUGAAGGUUCUGUUCCUGGUGCUGGGCUAUGCAGCUCUGGCUGGGCUGGUCUUCUUCAAGUGGUGAACACAGGAGCAAUGGGAAGCAAACCUCACCUCCUUCCCUUGCAAAAAGCACCAGAGAUGAGCUUCUCUUCAGCCAAGGGGGAUGUUGAAGCAAAAUGGCUCAGUGAAACAUCACAGUCCAGGUGGUAUUUCCAUAUUGACUUAAAGAAGGAGAAUUUCUUCCUGUGUGCUCAGAGGGAGAUAAAGAUGAGGAGUGUCCCAAUGUAGGUGCCACAGGUAUUGUCCCUCCUCUCCGAAUCUGCAGGCACAGCAGCUUGUGGAGAGAUUAGUUGAGCCAAACAUUAAGAAUCUGAUUCUAAGGCUGCCUUCAAGGAGCCCAUCAAGCAUAUGUGGUUUCCUGUUAAUCUGCACUGCCAGCCACCUCCCUCCUUUCCCUCACACACAUUACACAAUCUGGGGCUGAGACACUGCUCCCUUCACUCCUGGGCUCUGAGAAGGUGAGAAACAAUAACAGCAAUACAGUCAAAAGCAAGUGUGAUCAUGGAUUGCACAGCUGCACUAAGCUGCUUUUGUUAGCUUAGUUUUGAGCAAUGCCUGGUUGUGAGAGCUGCCAAAAAUCAUCCCUUCUGGGCCCGUGGUGUGCCUGGUGCACAGCUCCCCCCAACAGAGCUUCCAUCCUAAUCCAUGGUGACUCAGGAGCUUUUGUUUCGGACUUGUUAACGGACAAAACGAGGCCAGGUCCCUGUCCCGUGUUUCAUUGUCCACCUCUCACCCAUAUGUUGAGCAUUCCAUAAGGAAAACCUCCAGCAGAGUGCUAAUGUACCAUUUGGCAAUCUCAUGUCCCUGUCCGAGGGCCUUGCUACAGCAUUCCCAGAGCCUGGGAUCCACCAGGAAUGAGCAAUUCCCAGCAAUAAUAUUUGAAGGGCAGGUGCCUGUGCUGAAGUGGGUUUAGCAGCUGCCCUCAGGUGUGGCUUUGUGCUCCCUGCUCUCCCUGCUGCCAGGCUCCCGUGGCUGUGCUGCAUUACAGAGGCUUUGCAGGGCAGCUUGCUGGAGUCCUCAGAAGCAAUCUUCCCUUGGGCUUUAGGAGGUUGUGGAAGGGCUGAUGAGAGGCACUGCGCAGGAGCAGCAUUCCCAUGGCUCCAGAGCACGGCUUCAGGGAAGCUCAGUGCACUGCACAUCCUGUUGUGAUCAUUGGAUUUACCCUCCUGGCUGAAGAGCUCAGAUCAGAGCCUGGAGCUGGGAACUUGGCCUCCCUGCUGCCUCCUGCUGCUGUGACAUGAGUGAGCCUUUGCUUGUGCAGCAGCUUCCUCAGGCAGAGCAAAGCUGGUUGGAAGUGCUGAUGGGAUUAUAACGGGCUUAGCUGUGGUGCAGUCCCUGUUAGUGUGAUCCAAAGUGGGAAGAAGGAUGGGUGAGACUGUGAAACAGCAUCUUGGAGGCAGUGGUUGGCACAGCUGCAGCAUAUGGAGGCUGAUGAGACUCAUCUGACACUUCCUGGUGAUAGCUAUUUUAAUUGCCACAACGUACCAAAGUCAAUUAAUCUUGCUUUGAAAAACCUGGAGUGCCAGGGGGAAGGGAGAGUUAUUUUAGGCCUCAGAUGGCAUAAAUGAGCAGGGCCUGAGGAGAACGUAAUAGGCCUGGAUGUGAUAAAGCUCUGUGUUGUUUCACUUCUGCAGCCAGCCACUCUGUAUCCCAGCACCCCAUUCCCCCUCCUCAUCUUCCUCGUCCUUCGUUGGGCCUGGCCCCAUCUGCAUUUGAGGGCUGAGGUACUAAAGCCAAGCUAAGCUGUUGAUGUGAGGUUUCUUAACCUGUGCCCGAGAGAUCAGUAGGGAUCCACUGCUGGGAGCUGGGAUCAUGGAUCCCCCCCAGCCCUCUCUGGGUCUGGGGUCAGUGUGACAAUGAGGAGCCAGGCCUCUGGUUUACACCCUUCUUCAGGUGGUGCUGAGCUGUCCCCCCUCUUCCUGCUGCCCUGGAGGGGUUUAUUCACCUGUGAGUAGCAGAGUCCAGUGUUCCUGGGUUGGUUUAGGGGCAGAGGAGGAUGAGCCCUAUCUGCUGCUCCCAAUAA